ACUUCCUGGCGGGAGAUUCGGUGCUGGGGGUGGGGGCGACGGCCAGAAAAAAAAAGCCGCCUGAGGCACCCCGAGGUCUCUUAACAAUGGACCAGAAAAUCCUAGAGCUUGCCAGGGAUGAAAGAUCAGAACAGCUUCAGUCAUGCCUGCAAAAUCUGACAGAAAAGGAGUUGAGUGACUUAGUCACCAAGCAGGCUCUGAAGGGGAAGGAGACUGGAGCCCUUUUGAGGGCCCUCUUCAAAGGUUCUCCUUGCUCCCAACCGAGUGGUGUCACGAGGAGGCUUCAAGUUUACAAGCAUUGCCUCCAGUUGGUGGAGUCCGGAGACCUGCACGUGGACGUGGCCUCUGAGAUCAUAAGGCUGCUGAUGAUAGAGGCUCACAAACUGCCGGGCCCUUCGCUGGGGGAUUUGGCCGCUUUGUUUGUCGAAGCGGUCAAAGGAGGCAGCCUGCUCAGUGGCAAAUCUCUGGAGCUCUUUCCUACUGUGCUGACGGCACUAGCUACAUCCAAAGAAACCCUGGUUUAUGGUACAGGUGAGCUGAGCGGGGAAGAGUUUAAGAAGCAGCUGAUCAAUACGCUGUGCUCCAGCAGGUGGAAUCCUCAGUACGUGAUUCACCUCACCUCCAUGUUCAGGGAUGUGCCUCUGAGUGCCGAAGAGCUCCAGUUUGUGAUAGAGAAGGUCCUCAGGAUGUUCUCUAAGCUAGACCUCCAGGAAAUCCCUCCUUUAGUUUAUCAGCUGCUGUUGCUUUCUUCAAAGGGUGGCAAGAAGAACAUAUUGGAAGGAGUCAUCAACUUUUUCAACCAGAUGGAUAAAAAGCAAAAGGAAGAGCAGAGAGAUUUAGAGUCAGCGGACCUCGGAGAGGCCACCGUUCCCUUAGACCAGCUCCGUCACGUAGAAGGCACCAUCGUUUUGCAUGUUGUGAUGGCCAUUAAUCUGGACCAGGAUUUAGGAAAGGAACUCAUAAAGCACUUAAAGGCCGAGCAGCAAGGGGAUCCCGGCAAGGCGUUAUGUCCUUUCAGUGUAACCAUUCUGCUCUCAGUGGCCAGAAUACACAGAUUUAAAGACCAGGUGUUUGACUUCCUUAAAACGUCGAUUGUGAGAAGCUUCAAGGACAAACAGUUUCUCCAGAGCUCCAAAUUUCUGCAGGAUUUGGUCCCUCAACAGUUCAGCAUAUCUGACAUGUUUUUAGAAGUUGUGGUAAACAGUGUGUUUGGUUGGGAUCAUGUGACCCAGGGCCUGGUGGAGCUUGGGUUCAUCCUGAUGGACUCGUAUGGACCCAAGAGACCUUUUGGAGGGAAAAGCGUGGAAAUGAAUCUCGGCCUCCCCAAAACUCCAGCUCAGCAGACUUGCAAGUUGGGAGCGGAUAUCCUCUUGGAAGCCUUCAAGGUUCACGAACCCAUUCAAAGCGAGAUCUUGGAGCAGCUCCUGAACCGAGUGAUCACAAAUGCAGGCUCCCCUGUCAGCCACUUCAUAGAUCUUCUGUCCAGCAUUGUUAGGUCCUCUCCCCUUGUCCUUCAGAACUCAUCUUCCAAAGUAGGAGAAGCCUUCGAUCAUCUGUCUUUCCUGCCCCUCGACACUGUCCAGGGACUCCUUAAAGCUGUGCAGCCCCUGCUCAAAAUAAGUAUGUCCUUGAGGGAUUCCUUAAUCCUUGUUCUUCGCAAAUCCAUGUUCUCCGGGCAGCUGGAUGCCCGUAAGUCAGCCGUUGCUGGGUUUUUGCUCCUCUUGAAGAAUUUUAAGGUUCUGGGCAGCUUGACCUCUUCCCAGUGCAGCCAAACCACUGGAGCAAGUCAGGUCCAGGCGGAUGUUCACGCACGCUACAACGCAGCUGCCAACGAAGCCUUCUGCCUGGAGAUCCUGGGCGGGUUGCGCCGAGGCCUCAGUCAGCAGGCGGACGUCCGGCUCAUGCUCUACGAGGGUUUCUAUGAUGUGCUGCGUCGAAACUCUCAGCUGAGCACAUCCAUUCUGGAGAUGCUGCUGUCUCAGAUGAAGCGAUAUUAUGAGCCGGAACGUGACCUGCUGCCCCCGAUAAAACUUGAAGGGUGCAUCCUGGCUCAGAAGGACCAAAUCUUCCUGCAGGAACCUUUGGCUCACCUCCUUGGCUGCGUCCAGCACUGUCUUGUCUGGUAUAAGAGCACUUCAAGCCUGCGUCGACAGGCGGAGGAGGAAGAGGAGGAGGAGGAGGAGAGCUUGCAGCAAGACCUGGAGGAGAUGCUGCAGUCCAUCACCCGCCGAAUGAUCAAGAGCGAACUGGAAGAUUUUGAACUGGAUAAGUCGGCCGACUUUUCUCCAUCAACCGGCGUCGGUUUGAAGAACAACAUCUACGCCAUUUUAGUGAUGGGCGUCUGUGAAGUCCUGAUGGAGUACAACUUUAUCACAGGGGAGUUCAGCAAGAGCAGUUCUGAAGACGUCCUGGGCCUGUUCAAGUGUUACACCAAACUGGGCGACAUCCUCAGGGAGAAAGCUGGAAAGAACAAGCCCCCAUCGGCAAGCAAAAUGGCCCGGAGUUUCCUUUCUAUGGGUUUUGUGUGCACCUUGCUUACCAGCCUCUUCAGGGACAACUCCCAGAGCCGGGAGGAGAGCCUGGCGGUUUUGCGCUCCAGCAGCGACUUCCUGCGCUACGCCGUCGGUGUCGCCCUGCAGAAAGUGCGGCAGUUGGAGGAGACGGGCCAGACGGACGGGCCGGAUGGGCAGAAUCCAGAGAAGAUGUUCCAGAGCAUCUGCAAAAUCACUCGAGUCCUCCUGUGGAGAUACACUUCGAUCCCGACAGCGGCUGAAGAGUCAGGGAAGAAGGAAAAAGGAAAAAGCAUCUCGCUCUCGUGCUUGGAGGGUUUGCAUCGGAUCUUUAACGCAGUGCAGCAGCUUUAUCCGGCAAAGAUCCCGCAGUUUCUUCAGGCCCUCGAUACAUCAGAUGAAGAGGCUGAGGAUGCAGCUGUGAAUGUGACCGAGAAAGUCAACUUCCAGAUUCGGCAGUUCCAGAGAUCAUUGGUGAACCAACUGAAUAGCGCUGAAGACGACUUCAACAGUAGAGAAGCCCUUCUGCUGAUCAGCAUUCUAGCCACGCUUUCCAAACUCUUGGAACCCUCUUCCUCCCAGUUUUUGCAGCUGCUGUCUUGGGUGGUCAAGAUCUGCAAAGAAACUGGCUUAGAAGACGCGCCUUGCUGCAGAGGUUUGCUGAACCUGCUCUUCAGUCUCCAUGCCCUCGUCAAGAGCCCUGUCACUGUGUUGCGUGAGCUUGCCCAGGAUAUCCACGCUCAGCUUGGGGACAUCAACCAGGAUCUGGAAGUGGAACAUCAGUCCCACUUUGCCAUCGUGAACUCCAAGACGGCAGCGCCUACAGCUUGUUUGCUGAGUUUGGGCCAAGCGGAGAAGAUCCUGGAAGACGUGGACUGGCUGGUCAAUAAAAUGAAGAGCUGCUUGGGAUCAGAGACGGCAGAAGACGCAUCUCAAGCAGCCAACCAGACGCAGCCCUUAGAAAAGGCCAUCCUCCGUCAGCUGGGGACGCUUCUCACCGCUUACCACGAGCUGCUCCAAACUGCCUUGCCUGCAGGGAGCUGUGUGGACACACUGCUGAGGAGCGUCGGCAAGGUGUAUGCCAUUCUGACAGCCCUUGUAAAAUAUUAUAUUCAAGUGUGUCGAAGCACAACCGGGGGGAUUCCAGGACGGUUCGAAAAACUGGUUAGACUCUCCGGUUCCCACUUGACCCCCCAGUGUUAUGCCUUCAUCACCUACGUACAGGACAUCCAAAGUGAAACCUUGAGUUCUGCAGGGGAAAAGAAAAAGAAAAAGGAGAAAGCAGCUGCAGAGGUGUCCACCGUCAUGGCCAAAGUGUUGCGAGAAACGAAGCCAAUUCCAAACUUGAUCUUUGCAAUUGAACAAUAUGAGAAUUUCCUGAUCCACCUUUCUAAAAAGUCAAAGGUCAACCUGAUGCAGUAUAUGAAACUGAGCACUUCCCGGGAUUUCCGCAUUAACGUCUCUACACUCGAGAGCGCCCUUCAGGAACGGAAUGCUGAGGAUGCAGAGAACGAUCCUGACAACGAGCAGAGCAUUGCGUCGGCACAAUCCGACAGCCAGGAACCCAAGAAAAAGAGACAACGGAAAAAAUGAAAAAAUGCCAUUUAUUUUCUGGAUGAUGGUUUUGCUCCAGUCACAUAGCAGCAUAGCAGCGAUAGACACAGGCUAUUGAACAUGGGACUUAAUGGACAGCACAGCAGAACUGGUCUGCUUGCCGUUUGUAUUGCAUACGGUCCCCUGCACGCUUGU